AUGCGGGUAUUGAAAGGUGAAAUCAUGGGUCUCGAAUUUUUUAGGGAUGCAAUAGCUGGGUGCAGAAAUUUUAGCACUAAUACUUAUAGCAUUUGCAAAACCAUGAAGAAAAGCUGUGAAUCUACAAUUAACUGGACUAAGGAGCAGAAUGAUGUAUUGAAUCACGUUCGAGGUGGCUUGUCUGUGUUUAUUACUGGCUCUGCAGGCACUGGAAAGUCAGUUUUGCUUAAGACAAUUAUCAAUGUUUUGAAAAAGGUUCAUGGCUCAUCUGGGGUAUUUGUCACAGCUUCCACUGGAGUUGCUGCCUGUGCUCUUAAUGGGCGAACCCUCCACUCCUUUGCUGGCUUUGGAAUCAGAAAUGAUGAGUAUGGAACUUUACUAGAUAGGGUUAUAAUGAGUAGCUGUGCUUGUGAAAGAUGGAGACAGGUGAAGGCAUUAGUUAUAGAUGAAAUUAGUGUGAUUUCUGCGAAUAUGUUUGACAAUCUUGAAUCCAUUGCUAGAGAGAUACGGGGAUCAAAAGAGAUAUGGGGUGGAAUACAGCUUAUCGUUAGUGGGGAUUUCUUUCAGUUAUCUCCUGUGCCAGAUAAAUGCAAUUCAUCUGGCAAAGAGUUUGCAUUUGAGGCCAAUUGUUGGGAUGCAAGCUUUGACAUGCUGGUUGAACUCACAAAGGUUUUCAGGCAAUCAGAUGCUGGACAAAUCGAGUUGCUUCAGCGUACAAGAAAAGGGAUUAUUUAUCCUGAAGACAUGCAGAUUUUAGAACAAUGCUGCUCCAGUAAUGAGCCUGAUUCUUCGGUUGUAAGUUUCUAUCCCAGGAAUGAGGACGUGAACAAAGUGAACGAGGAGAGAAUCAAAAGCUUGGGUGAGAAAGUUGUGGUGUAUAAAGCUGCUGAUGGUGGUGUAGAUAAUCAGAGAGAAGAACUCAAACAAGGUAUUGCACCUGAUCAACUUGAGCUUUGUAAAGGUGCAAGGGUGAUGCUGAUAAAGAAUUUGAACGUCAGGCGUAACCUUUGUAAUGGUGCAACUGGUACGGUCACCGGAUUUGUUGAGGCAGAGGAUAAAGACGUUAUACACUUGUGCCCUGAUAAUCUGUUGCCUGUUGUAAAAUUUGAUUCAGGGCAGGAAAUGGUAAUAGAACCGCAAGUCUGGGGAAUUUCAGAGGAAGGAUCAACAGUGGCUUGGAGAUCUCAAAUUCCUCUUCACUUAGCUUGGGCUCAGAGCGUACACAAAAGCCAGGGCAUGACCCUUCACCGCCUUCACACUGAUCUAUCUAGGUCAUUUGGCUAUGGAAUGGUGUAUGUGAUACUCUCCCGUGUGAGGAGCUUGAAAGGUCUUCAUUUAUCAGGUCUCAAUCCAUCAAUGAUUAAGGCACACCCCAAGGUUUUACGUUUCUAUGAACGUUUUGCUGGUGAAGAAGAACAAUGCAAGGAAGACAAAAACAACAGCAAAAUACUCGGACGUUCUGAUAAAUCAAACGUUGCAUUUGGAGAAAAAAAGCGUCAAUUUUCUCUUUCGGGAUUCUUGCUGUCACGCUAA